GUUGGUUUUCCAUUUUUCCCGUAGGAAAUUUGUUUGUCAACGUUUCUGAAUCUGAGUUCUAGCCAAAUUGGGAUUUGGUGGUUUGGUUUUAUUGGGUCGAUCUCUAGGGUUUUGAGCCGAAUGCUUUUUGUUUUGAUUCAAUAAUGGCGAAAGUGAGACAUUCUCGAUUACAAGCAAAGAAAUGGUCCACAGUAACGCUUGUGUUGUCGAUGUUGUUUAUGUUAACGGUCGUUUUAUUGAUGCUUUUGGGACUAGGGAUCUUCUCUCUUCCGAUAAGCAACGACGAUUCCUCGCCCAAUGAUCUCAAUUCUUAUAGACGCAUGGCUUCUGAAAGGGGGAAAGGCUUGGGGAAAAGAGGGGAGCAGUGGACUGAAGUCCUUUCUUGGGAGCCUAGAGCUUUCAUUUACCAUAAUUUAUUGUCCAAGGAAGAAUGUGAGUACCUAAUAAAGCUUGCUAAACCUCACAUGGCAAAAUCCACUGUUGUUGAUAGAAAAACAGGGAAAAGUAAAGAUAGCAGGGUGAGAACAAGUUCUGGUAUGUUUCUAAGAAGAGGGCAAGAUAAAAUCAUUAGGGACAUAGAAAAAAGGAUAGCGGACUACACUUUCAUUCCUGCAGAGCAUGGGGAAGGUCUUCAAGUUCUCCACUAUGAAGUUGGACAGAAAUAUGAUGCACACUUCGAUUACUUCCUUGAUGAGUUCAACACUAAAAAUGGAGGCCAGAGGAUGGCUACUAUGCUUAUGUAUUUGUCGGAUGUUGAAGAAGGGGGUGAGACAAUAUUUCCUGCAGCCAAGGGAAAUAUUAGUGCUGUGCCAUGGUGGAAUGAAUUGUCCGAAUGUGCUAAACAGGGUCUUGCAGUGAAGCCUAAGAUGGGUGAUGCAUUGCUGUUCUGGAGCAUGAGACCUGAUGCCACACUAGAUCCCUCAAGCUUGCACGGUGGAUGCCCUGUAAUUACGGGGAACAAAUGGUCGUCUACAAAGUGGAUACAUGUUGAAGAAUACAAGGGUUAAGUUUUCUGUACAAAAGGUACUUGUAAUGAGUCUCUUGCUGGGAAAGUGUACCCUUUAGACUCAGGUGUCGGAUCAAUAUUCUUUCAUUUGAUGGGUGUUUGUAUCUUUUGACAUACCUGGUUUAGAAGUACUGUAUUUUCCUAUGGUUUAGCUUGGAAAUACUUGAACUAGUGAGAAAGAUAUGAUGCCUUAUUUUGAUA